AUGUCAAUUGAAAGAGAAAUUUUAUCAAAUAGUUUGGAACCAACCAACUAUGAUAUUUCAUUAGAACCAAAUUUCACUGACUUUACUUUCAAUGGAGAAAUUGUCGUUGAUUUGAAAUGUAAUGAACCAAGUAAAGAUAUUCAAUUGAAUACUUCAGAGAUUGAAUAUUUCACUAUUAAAGUUGAUGAUGUUGAAAUUGACGCCAAAGAUUAUUCAAUUGAUGAAUCUUUGGAAAGAUUAAUCAUUAAUCAUGAAGUUUCCAAAGAUGUAAAGUUAUAUAUCAAAUUUAAAGGGAUCUUAAAUGAUAAUAUGUGUGGAUUCUAUAAAUCUUCAUAUGAAGAAGAUGGUAAGACCAAAUAUUUAGCUACCACUCAAAUGGAAGCUGUUGAUUGUCGUAAAGCUUUCCCUUGUUUCGAUGAACCAGCCGUUAAAUCAACUUUUGAAAUCUCAUUGAUUGCUGAUAAAGAAUUAACUUGUUUAUCCAAUAUGGAUGUUAAAUCAACUGAAGAUUUAGGUGAAAAGAAGAAAGUUGUGUUCCACAAAACUCCUAAAAUGUCUACUUACUUAGUGGCAUUCAUUGUAGGAGACUUGAAAUAUGUUGAAAACAAUGAUUAUAAUGUUCCAAUUAGAGUUUAUUCAACUUCUGAUGAACAUUUAGGUAAAUAUGCUGCUGAUAUCACUGCUAAAACUUUAAAAUUCUUUGACAAAGCUUUUGAUAUUCCUUAUCCUUUACCAAAAUGUGAUUUGGUAGCUAUUCAUGAUUUUGCUGCUGGUGCUAUGGAAAAUUAUGGAUUGAUAACUUUCAGAACAGCUGAAUUAUUAAUUAAUCCAGAAGAAGCCAAUGCUAAUGUUUUAAAAAGAAUCACUGAAGUGGUAAUGCAUGAAUUAGCUCAUCAAUGGUUUGGAAACUUAGUUACUAUGGAAUGGUGGGAAGGUUUAUGGUUAAAUGAAGGUUUCGCUACUUGGAUGUCAUGGUAUGCUUGUGAUUCAUUAUAUCCUGAAUGGAAAGUUUGGGAAAGUUAUGUUACUGAUGAUUUGCAAGCAGCUUUAUCAUUAGAUGGUUUAAGAUCAUCCCAUCCAAUUGAGAUUCCUUUGAAAAGAGCUAAUGAUGUUAAUCAAAUUUUUGACUCUAUUUCUUAUGCUAAAGGUUCUUCAUUAUUAAAAAUGAUCAGUGUUUGGUUAGGUGAAGAAACUUUCGUUAAAGGAGUUUCAAAUUAUUUAAAGAAAUUCAAAUGGGGUAAUACUAAAACCACUGAUUUAUGGGAUUGUUUAAGUGAAGCUAGUGGUAAAGAUGUUAAUAAUGUUAUGGGAGUUUGGACUAAAAAUAUGGGUUACCCUGUUGUUUCUGUGAAAGAAUUAGGUAAUCAAGAAUUUGAAAUCACUCAAAAUAGAUUUUUAACUACUGGUGAUGUUAAACCUGAAGAAGAUGAAAUUGUUUAUCCAGUUUUCUUAUCCAUCAAAACUGAUGAAGGCAUAAAGAAUGUGGAAUUAUUUGAAAAAUCAACUAAAAUCAAAUUAGAUGGUGAUUUCUUUAAGAUUAAUGCCAAUCAAGCUAAUAUCUAUAGAACUGCUUAUGAAUUAGAUAGAUGGGUUAAAUUAGGUUCUGCUGCUGAUAAAUUAAGUGUUGAAGAUAGAGUUGGUUUAGUCACUGAUGCUUAUGCUUUAUCAACUGCUGGUAAUAUUCCAACCACAAGUUUCUUAAAUUUAGUUAAAUUAUGGACUAAUGAAGAUAGUUAUGUUGUUUGGGAAGGUAUUAUUGGUAAUUUAGCUUCUAUUAGAGCCAACCUUAUAUUUGAAGAUGAAGCUAUUAGAAAUGCUUUGAAUAAAUUCAUCUUAUCAUUAAUUAAAUUCAAAUUAGCUGAAAUUGGUAGUGAAUUCAAUGCUAAUGAUUCUUAUGCUUUAACCAAAUUGAAAACCACCUUAUUUAAUACUGCAGCUGGAUGUGAAGAUGCUAAAUAUAUUGAAAUCUGUCAACAAUAUUUCCAAGAUUUCCUCAAUGGUAAAAAGAUUCCUUCACAAAUUAAAGAUUUGGUUUUCGUAGUAGCAGCUAAGUAUGGUGAUGAAACCACUUUAGAUCAAAUUCUUAACAUUUAUAAAAAAGCAUCAUCUAUUGACGAAAAAUUAGAUGCCUUAAAAGCUUUAGGUAGAUUCAAAAACCCAGAAUUAAAGAAUAGAGCUAUUGGUUACUUAACUGAUUAUGAUUUAGUUAAAAAACAAGAUAUUUUUAGACUUUUAGCAAGUCUUAGAGGUGACAAAGAAGGAAUUGAAGCUAUUUGGAAAUGGUUUACCGUCAAUUAUAACAAACUUUUGGUGGAUUUCCCUCCUGAAGGUUCAAUGUUUAGCUAUAUAGUUAGAUAUUGUGUUUCAGGAUUCACUAAACAAUCUCAAAAAGAUGAAGUUGAACAAUUCUUCAAAGAUAAAGAUACUCAGUUCUAUGAUAAGAAUUUAGAUCAAGCUUUAGAUAAAGUUUCAUCAACUAUUAACUGGAUUGAUCGUGAUUUAGAAUCAGUUAAAUCUUGGUUAAGUACAAAUGGUUAUAAGUUAUGA